AUGCCUCGUGGUGCAACCGAAAAGUCUGUGCAUUUGCAAAAGGUACCCAGCAUUGGUGCGCAGUGUACCGUAUGCAACAUUCGUAUCCGACGCAAGGGUGACAUGCCUAGGCACAUGCGUAUCCACGCACAGGACAAGUCGAAAUUGAUGCAUCGGUGCCCGGUAUGUGGCUUUGAGAACAUGCAGAAAUCAAAUGUCGACACCCAUAUCCGAACGCACACACGGCAGAAGUCCCAACGUUGCCCAGACUGUAUCUUUUCCACCUCCGAUCCUGGUUCUCUGACGCGCCACCGUAAACGGUUGCAUGGUUAUGUUCCAAAACAACGCCAAUCGCGUGAUGCUCAUGGUAGAAUAAAUCAUGUAAAGAAAACUAUCACACAGACUGCGCCGCCACCGAAGGCUACCAGUAUUCUCGCCUCUGAUUCAGACCGGGACGACGACACGGUCUCAAUGCUCUCUGUAGAAUCAGAAGAUGAUGCAGAUUGUGAUCCGGAAGAAGCCAUGCGAUGA